UCAUCUACAACAAUGUCACAACAAAUGCGCCCUUCUCUUGACGACCCGAACGCUUGGGUCCCGUACCGUUACCAUCCCUCUAGAACAGCCGCGAUAGUAUUCAUCGUGGCCUUCUCAUUGACGACUAUAUUACACACGGCGCAGCUUAUUAGGAAGAAAACAUGGUACUUUAUCCCUAUGGUAGUCGGCGGCAUAUUCGAGGUAGUAGGGUUUGUUGGGCGUGCCUUAUCGACAAAUGAUCUAUGGGCCCUCGGACCUUUUAUUAUGCAGUCGCUGCUCCUACUCGUCGCACCCGCACUAUUCGCCGCAUCCAUAUACAUCAUCCUUGGUCGCGUCAUCUUACUAGUAGAUGGAGACAAGCUAUCUCUCAUACGUCAAAGAUGGCUAACCAAAAUAUUCGUUACUGGAGACGUUAUUAGUUUCGUGGUGCAAGCUGGUGGAGGUGGUAUUCAGGCUGCGGGAACCCUCGACCUCCUUCACCUUGGUGAAAAAGUCAUUAUCGUCGGCCUAUUCCUACAGCUCGCCUUCUUCGGGUUCUUCAUCGUUGUCGCAGCAAUUUUUCACCGCCGACUCGCAAAGCUCGAAACAAAUGCAUCGCAUCAAUCGAGUCAAGUUGCCGCCGGGCCGGCUUUGGGCAGCUCGGGCUUGCCCUGGAAACGAUAUCUUUAUACGCUCUACAUCGCAUCGGCUCUGAUCAUGAUCCGAAGCAUUUUCCGCGUGGUGGAGUACCUUCAAGGGAACAACGGUUUCCUUUUGCGCCGAGAGUACUUCCUCUAUAUCUUCGAUGCGCUUCUGAUGUUUCUCGUCAUGGCUUUGUUUAACUGGAUACAUCCUUCGGGCAUCACGGAUUUGUACCAAAAACGGCUGGCGGACGCGACAAGCUACGAUAUGGAUGAUACACGGGAAAGAUAUAUGGGAUAUUCAGGAGCUCCCAAGCGGGAGGAAACGCAUGCAGAAGCCAGUCACCCCUAG